AUGCCUUCAGCCGCCACCGCUCGAUAUGACUGGAUCCUUGCUCUCUGCAGCAUUGCGUUCGUAUUCUCCGCCUUCGGAAAUGGCGCCAAUGAUGUCGCGAACUCGUACGCCACCUCAGUCGCUGCGCAGACCCUCACAAUGCCAGUCGUCGGUGUCCUGGCUUUCUGCACAGAGUUCUUUGGAGCGGUGGCCCUUGGCGCCCCAGUUACCGAUACUAUCAAGAACGGCAUCAUCGAUAUUCGACGCUUUGAUGGGAGCCCCGGUGCCCUUAUGCUCGCUAUGAGUUGUGCUGAGGCUGCGAAUGCCGCCUGGCUCAUGACUGCUACGAGUCGCGGCAUGCCUGUCUCGACCACGCAGACCAUUGUCGGUUCGCUGAUUGGCGUGGGGUUUGCGACGCAGGCUGACAUCACUUGGCGAUGGACAUCUGGUAGCGUCAGCCAAAUUGCGGCAUCAUGGGCUAUCGCGCCCGGCAUUGCUGCAGGCUUUGCUGCCAUCAUCUUUGCGACCCUGAAGUAUGGCAUUCUCGAACGCAAGAAUAGCUUGAAGUGGGCCUUUCACCUUCUGCCUGUCUACAUUGCUGGAACCUGUCUUAUCCUGGCGGCAUUUCUAGCUGUUGAGUCUACGGAUGGCUUCGAGGACUUCUCCGCUGGAGAACUGGCUGGCCUGAUUCUUGGUAUCUUUUUCGGAGUAUUGGCCCUCACGUACAUGUUUUUCAUACCUUUCCUGAACCGCAAGCUGAUCAAGGAAGACCCGCGUAUUCGUAUCUGGCAUUUACCUCUAGGCCCACUGCUGUUGCGAGAUAACCCACCACUCUACUUUCCCGGAAAGGGUGAUGAGUUUGUCAAGAACUACUAUGCGGACGCAUAUGGCAAUGUCACAGCUGGCAACAACGAUCACAAGAAUGCAGUGGCUGCUGGUGCGUUGACGGAGGCUUCAUCGGGAGAGACACAACCUUAUGACCGGAUACACGGCUCAGACAGAGACAGCCCGUUGAAUGAUGAGGAGAAAACAUUGUCGGAGGCAGAGAGAAUCGCAGCGGCCAAGAGAGAAGCUAAGCAUUACAUUCCUCCCUACGAACGCUUCGUCGGUCCUGUCCAGCACCACUCCUGGUUCAGCCUGGCGAAGUGGUGGGGCUGGUUUAAGUUCAUCACUUUGCGCGGUAUUACCAUGGACGUCAUUACCCACGACUCGGACCUCUUGCGAGCCAUACACGCCAAAGCGAAUCGCUACGAUGUCCGGGUCGAGCACAUGUGGACAUACUGUCAAGUCCUCUCGGCCAUCAUGAUGUCUAUUGCUCACGGAAGUAAUGAUGUGGCGAAUGCUGUCGGGCCAUGGGUCGCGACAUACCACACCUAUCAACAAGGUGUUGUGGCCACCGAGUCUCCCACGCCAGUAUGGUUCCUGGUCAUCGCUGGUGCUUUACUCGGCAUUGGCUUCUGGUUCUACGGCUACCACAUCGUACGGUCUCUGGGCAACAAGAUCACGCAGAUGAGCCCAACUCGUGGCUUUGCUAUUGAGCUUGGUGCUGCUACAACAGUACUACUCGCCUCCGAGCUCGGCCUACCAGUGUCCACUACGCAGUGUCUUACUGGUGCAGUCCUUGGCGUCGCUCUCAUGAAUCUUGAUCUCGGCGCUGUGAACUGGAGGCAGCUAGCCUGGAUCUUUGGUGGAUGGGUGUUGACUUUGCCAUGCUCCGCCUUGAUCGCCGGACUGCUGUGCUUGAUUGCGCUCAACACGCCACAUUUCUAG